AAUCGGAAUGCGAAGGUUGCGAUGCCUUGUCUUCGUCAUGACUAGAGUCACAGCUGACAUCGCCCCAUGAACAUCAAGCCGAUUACGCGCUCGUUAGCCUCCAUCUGCUGGGAACAAUCUGGCUGGUGAGCGCAGUGGGUAGUAUGCACGAGCGCGACUCCGCGAGUGGACACGAAUGCUGCGGUUGUGCACGUGGUGGAAGAGGAGGAAGCUGCCCUCGGACGCCUCGAGGCAAGUAAAGAAAUAAGGUCAAGGCAGGGGCCCGGCCACUGAGCGCGAGCCCCGGGAUGAGAAGCGCGAGAUACCGUAGAAGAAAUUCGGCGCUGAGGAAGGCCCUGGGGAGGAGGAGGAGGAGGAGGGCGAGCCUGCAGUGCGCCGGCGCGCGAUCGGCGCUGCGCGCGUCAGCGCCGCGGCGGGGGCGCUGGGGCCAGCAGAGCCGCCUGGGUCAGCCGCGAGCCUGCAAGCGUGCUCUCCGGGGAAGACGACGUUCUGCUGCACGCGAGAGGGGACCGAGGAGCCGCCGCGCAGGGAGCCCGGGAAGAAGCCACGACGGCGGCCGAACGAGGCCCUCGCCGUGGGAAGCGACUGGAGGGCCAUGGAUAGCGGCGGCGGCUACCCCGUCGAGCCGGCCCAGCUGCAGGUGACGAGCGCAGCCGUGGCGCCUGCCGCCACCGUGCCACCGCCGGUGAUGGUGCCGCCGCCACCCGUGGUGGUGGUGUCGGCGGCCAGCGGGAAGCCGCCGGCUCCCGCGCCGCCCAUCGUGAUGGCACCGGCACCGCCGCCGCCGCCCGUGGUGCCCGUCCACCACCCGGCCAUGGGACCGCACCUGGUGCAGGACCAGGCGCGAUACUCGAACCCGCCGGGACAUCGCUGGAUGUCGCAGACCACGUCGGCCGCCACCGUGUCUGAAGGGCUGGACAUCUGUGCCUACAUACUCACAACAAUCUCGAUACUCAUCAUCAUCGCCACGUUUCCUGUAUCACUCAUUUUUUGUAUCAAGGUAGUUCAAGAAUACGAGCGUGCAGUCAUCUUCCGCCUCGGUCGAUUGCUUCGCGGAGGAGCCAAAGGUCCAGGUAUCUUUUUCAUCAUACCCUGUAUCGACACCUAUUGCAAGGUGGACUUGAGGACAGUAUCAUUCGAUGUUCCUCCACAGGAGGGCCAGGCGGACGCCUUCCGGGUGGAGGGGACUCCGCCGUACCUGUCCGCCUUCGUGCCGACCAAGACGAAGCCCCCACCGCCACUCGCGGAGGACGUGUUCUACGGGACGCCGCCGCUCAAAUACACCUUCGCUUGGAUCCUAUCCAAGGACUCGGUGACAGUAGCGGUGGAUGCCGUGGUGUACUACCGCAUCAGUAACGCCACCAUCGCCGUUUCCAACGUAGAGGACUACGGACAUUCGACCCGACUCCUGGCCGCGACGACGCUCCGGAACGUGCUCGGCACCAAGAACCUGUCGGAGAUCCUCUCCGAGAGGGAGUCCAUUUCUCACGUUAUGCAGGCAAGCUUAGACGAGGCUACCGACCCCUGGGGUGUGAAAGUGGAAAGAGUUGAAAUUAAGGACGUGCGACUGCCAGUGCAACUACAGAGGGCCAUGGCCGCUGAAGCAGAAGCAGCGCGGGAAGCUCGAGCCAAAGUGAUUGCGGCAGAGGGAGAACAGCGCGCCUCACGGUCCCUGAAAGAAGCCGCCGAGGUGAUUGCGGACACGCCGUCAGCGCUCCAGCUGCGGUACCUGCAGACCUUGGCCUCCAUCGCAGCGGAGAAGAAUUCCACCAUCGUGUUCCCUAUCCCCAUGGAGCUAUUCUCGGGCUUCAUCAACAGCGCUAGCAGUCACGCCGGCCAGCACGCCAGCGCAGCGGCCGAAGCCAAGAAGGACCUCGAGGCUUCCGCGUAGCAGAGGGCCCGCCAGUCCCGUUCCAAUAGCCUGUUCUGGAGCGGGACAGGCCAGAGGCGGCUCUCGCUUAUCCUGCCUCCGCCGCUGCGCCUGGGCGUACCCGGCAAAUAAGAGCGUGCCGGAGGCCUUGCGCCCGCAACGCGCGCAGCAACAUCGUGGCUGAACAGCGCCGUGAGGGGGUGAAAGAGCCGCGCUCGGAGCACGGGCGGCACACGUCCCUCCUCCGCUUCCGAGGGAGUGUGAACUGAGUUCGGGGCAGGAAGAGAGCAGUCCGGGCUCGUCUACCUACCCUACCGCCCCUGCCAAAGGAGGGCGACUCUUUCCCUACCUGGAACAGAGUGUAUGUAGCGUCCUUUGAAGCGCCCCCAGAAAAUUUGUUUUACGUGCGAAGACAAGGUUGGUACAUGACAUGCCAUCGAUGGCAGAGAUUGUUGCGAGCUGGGCGCAGAAAGGCCCGAUGUGCAAGCGCUGCCGGCCUUUCUGCGCGAGCACGUUUUGCGCAGUGGGAUCGUCUUGCUCUUUGUCGUCGUGGCGACAAGUUGUGGUGCUGCACUGAAUGCGUGCGAAAAGCAGCUCAGUGUUCUAUAUAGGCUGGGUGAUGCAGGCCUUCGCGUUUACGACAGCCAUAUUAAUGACAUGCAAUAAAGUGCACAAUAAGGAGCUACGCUGGCCGUACGCCAUAACUGAGAGCUCUCACCGCAUGACCUAGUCCACACAUUUCUUGUUUCUGCACCUCGUAGGUCGGCCUUGUGAUGUGCACACCGCGUUUAUAUCCGUGGUUCCAAGCGGACACGUGUUUGGAGACAUUCGUCAUAGCAGCCGCGGCCUUGAGAGAACUGAGGGCGCUUCGAAGGACGGACAGUGUUGAAACAAUUACAUACGUCAGUCACAAGCGCUCGCUGACAGCGCUUGAAACGCACUUGGGAGGCGGGCGUCUUCGUGGCCGUAGGAUAUGUUACCUUACGGCGACGCAGCUAGCUGCGAAGCCGUCUUAACGGCCAGAUGGCCGUCACACUCUGGAAAAAAAUCCGCGCACGCCAACAACGGCCAAAUCCACGAUGAGGCAAAGGCCAUACACAGGACAGCGGGACGUGGAACACAGAGGCGAACAGAGCAGGCACAUGGACCAGAGAGGCGCACACUCUGCGACCAAUUCUAAGCAGCAAUGGACUCGCGUCCACUGCGAGGCAGUCUACUUCGGAAAUGAAGCCGAGGUGAAAAAAAAAGAAAUAGUUGUACGUUCUAUGAGAUGAGCACACUAUUCCAGCAGUAUUGCCUUACUUCAUUUUGCCAAUUUCUUUCUUUUACGCUAUGUAACCUAACGUGCUCCAUUUGGCUAAGAAGGUGGAGAAAACAACUCAAGGCGUACUGCUUCGCAAUGUAUUGUGUUUUUUUUUUAGAGACAUGCGUUUACGAUAGGGUUUCGUUACAUCUUGUUGCAUGAUGUGUUGUUUGUGAACCACGCUUCAUUUGUCAUAGCAAGGCGCACUUUCAAGAUUCAUGUCGCCAAAGAAGAACGCUCUAAUGGGAUACUUAAACGUAAGGGUAUGUAAAGCAUCAUCAAACUACCCCGUUGGAACGUAUUCAUUGAGAAAUUCUAGUCUGCCCUGUAGCUGAAACAAAAAAUUCAUUAAUAUACAGGAAAUCGACUGCGGUCAGUCGAUUAUUAUUUUACUAGCGCAGAGUCGGGUGGCGGCCUGGCUGUAAAACACGAUCGUGCGCCAUGCCUGCAAGCGUUUGCGCCUGCGACUAUGUAGGACACGUAUAUUGUCUUUUUUUUCUUCUCAUUGUGAAGCGACGUUAAUUUGUCGGAACAAAACGAGGGCAAAAGAUCCUACUACUUCAAACGCAUAAUUCAUAACUGGUUGUGAGAAAGUUGCGACAAGAAAGGUGUUGCUUUCGCGCAAGUAUCUUUCGCUUCCCGCUCCUUGCAUUGCGUUUUCCCGCCAAAAUAACAAAAAAAAAAUAUUGGACGGGAAGAAGCGAGCGCAGCGCGUGUGCUCUGUAAAGUCCAGCCAUUUAACUUGGUGUGGCACUGUUCAUUCAAUGCCUCUUUAACGUUUAGUAACCUAUCACUGCCUUUUUGAAACUUUUACCUUCCGUAAAAAAAAAGAGAGAAUUGUAUCUGUAAUGCUUAAAACAAAACGAGGGCGUUAAGAAUCGCUUGCUGUAGGAAACUUCAUUUGUAGCCUUCAGAAAAGUGGAUUCUUGCCCAUCCCAUUGACAAAUCCUGUAGCCUAGCUGCGCUUCUGUUGAUUACCUUCUGGUCAUGAUCAGUUAUCCCCUUCUUCGGGGCGUCUCUGUUAGACCAUCCUACAGAAACUGGGCCACACGGUAUCUUUUUUUUUUCUUUUCCUUCUGCUCUCAUUAUUAUACCUUUGAUGCGAUGUCUUUGUCCCCGCAUGCGCUGAACCUAUUCGAGACCUAAUAAAAGAAACGCAUUAAAUUUAAUAUAAUUAGAUUAUUGUUAGCCCGAACGAAGCGGGCCACCUUCACUCAUUCUUCUGUUGUACUGUGGUUAGCUGCAUGAUACUCCUCAUUUUAUCGGAAGUUAAUCGCGAGUAAUUGCCGUCGCUCCAGUAUUUGCCCACGCCUUGGCUUCGUAUAGCGUUAAUUUACUAGCCUGUCGGAUAUAGUGUCGUUUCCUCUAGGCUAUUUUCUAAACGCGCAAGAUGAAAGAUAGAGAGCGUUCACGUGGCCCUGGCCGGUAAAAAAGAAUGCUCACGCGUCUAUUUAUUUAAGAACAGCGUGCGAGAGAGUGUAGAAGACAGCGCAGUUGCAAGCAGGGAUAGCAAAUCAUCUAUCUCUGUUUGUGUUGCGACGUUUUCCUCUGCAGCUGAUAAAAUGCAAAAGCAAGCGGCACGUAAAUUGUGCAACCAAGGGCACAUUAUUAUUAUUAUUAUUAUUAUUAUUAUUAUUAUUAUUAUUAUUAUUAUUAUUAUUAUUAUUAUUAUUAUUAUUAUUGCGAUGUUCCCAUUGCUCGGAUGGCGACGCGGGAAUACAUUUUUGCGUCGGCACAAAUGUAUUCGGCUUCUGCGCGUAGGAAGCCGCGAGUACUUAAUUCGCGAAAUCCAGGACCGGAAAUCGGGAACAUCCUUUAUCUCUCCAAUAAUAAAAAAAAACGAAAACAAAAUGCGCCCCGUAAACUCCGUCACCAACAUAAAUGCUACUACGUUUCUUUCUUUUUCUGUUUAUUUUUUAGAGGCGCUGUGACGUCACACCUCGAUAUCAUCUUUACUUCCCCGAUAAACUGACGAGAUCGACUGGCCUCUCACGCAUUCGUCGGUAUUGUCCGAGACCGCAGUGCUUGAGGGUCCACUCGCCAGCAGCGUAUUGAACUUGGUGCUUCCUUCUUUGCACCAAUUGCAUGACCAGGAGGCGCAGCAGUCGGAUUCGACUCAUGCCUGCGAUUGGAACCUUUUCUAACUGACGCCCCUCGUUUUGUGCUACGAAACUUCGUCAUUCAAGCCCUCUUCACUUUGCAAAACCAACGCGCCCGAAAUCUAAUCGGCCUCGACGAGGAAUUAAAAAAGAAAAAAAGAACUAAUCGUGUGCGACUUCCAGAGACUGAUCGUGCGCCACGGUUAUUUCCAGCGGACGCGGCGUUCUAAAGGGUGAAAAAAAAACAACAACCUGCGAAUGCACGUUUCCACAGAGUAGGCAUCCUUUAUCCUCGCGGCACAUUACGUUCUGCUGCACUAGAGCCCUGUAACUCGCACUAUACCACUAUCGUCCAUCCAACUUCUUGUUAUCUCUUGUAUCAUAUAGGCUUCGUGAAGAGAGAUACACCUCCAUAGCGACGCAGAGUUAAGCAUCAUAGAUAUAACUACGACAUUCAUAUGAGAUACUAUAACUACGGUAUAUAAAUAUAUAUAAUAUAAAUAACUGACUGUCCUCUGCCGGAGGAAAAAUAAGCCGGCGCGAACUCGUCGGCUCCGUCUAGAAGUUAUACGCGGAGUCGCCUAUGUUUAGGUUCGAACAUGACAGAUCUUUUUUUUUUAUGUUCCUAUUAUCUUUCGUGGGCAGGGAGAGAGAGGGGAAUUAUGAAGCGGAUACGAAUAGAAGAUAACGUGGGCCUGUGUUUUUUUUUUUAAUUUUAUGCGGUAAACGGGUCGUUAUUUUUGGGACGCUUAUUCACGGUUCUGAGUGUACAUAUAUCACGCGCUUGAAGUGUACAUAACGAUUAAGGAGAAGAAGCGGUUCACUCCGGUUAAAAAUUUUUUUUGCCCAUGUCAUUCUUUCGUUUUCCUAGCUACACAAUUCCUGUGCGCGUGUGUGAAUGCGAGGAAGCCUAUACAACAAAGCGCAGCGGCUUGAAUCUCGUUAUUUACCGAUUAUAACUCUUCGCAGCCACCCCCUCCAUUGAGGUUGCUUAGCGCAUGUGUACUAUAAAAAAGCCCUGUUGCCGUGUAUUCCAGUUCUAUGAGAAGAUGGCUAUAUGUUGUACAUACAUAUAUAUUUCAACCGUUUCCGGUAACAAAAGAGUUAUGCGGUAUGAAGAAUACGAGACGCAAAAGCUCAAUGUGAUGCGACACUGUUGUGUGAUUGUGCUUGUUAAACGUUUUCGCUCCUGCGCCAUUUGUUACGUCUUCGUUGCGUUCUGUCGUGCUUUUGUUCGUCGCCCGUAGCCUUCACAAGGCGGAUGCACGUCGUUCGUUGUUCGAUGGCCUUUUUCCGUGAUCGCAUGAUUAACCUGUACCGUCGGUGCACCUUCUUCCGAAGUAGGCGCGAAUCAUCCCUUGGUUCUAUACAAUAUCGCACCUGGGAAGGGUGCGGCGCAAACGAGAAGAAAAGAAGAAAUUGAGUGAAACCAGGUAUUGUCCUGAAGGCUGCUGUUCUCAUUCGGAGCGAGAAAAAGACGACAACAAAAGAUCACGCACGCACACUAUAUAUUUUGAGACUUGUUUGCUUGAUUUGAGAUUUGCGAAUGUCGGGCACUUCUAUGCACUGUGUCAUCGUUAUUGUUUCUAAGUGUUUGUGUGAGCCCGCGCGUGCCGCUUCAGGCUGCACUUAGAGGUCAACUGCAACGUAAAUUUCAGUCCCCAUAAAAUACUCCGUUUUGACAUAGUGUGAUUAGUGCGAUAGUGUGAUAGCAGAGAAGUUUCCGUGGAAAAUAUUACUUUUGAAAUGCGAGCGGAAGCGUCACCGAAAAAAAAAAACGCCGCCACAUACUGCUCAGCGGAAGUGAUGCAUAAAAGAACGUACGUGACCAAGCAGACGCGGCUCUUCGGCACGGCCUCAGUGAUAAUGGGGUGCUGAAACAUCUCGGAGGUGGCGUUCUUGGACCUGCGCCACAGCUACAACCACCAAGUACGCACGUCAUGUACUUAGCUACCGUUUGAAGACUGCUAAGAAAACUAUACCUAGCCUUGCGCCCUUCGAAAAAUUGCUUCUGUGGUAGAUUCUAGUCACUCAUAAUGAAAUUUGUCGAGGUGAAACUUUGUUGCAGCUGGCCUUUAACGACCGGUGUGUUGUGCUUUCUUACUAAAUAUUACCUCGCUCGAAAGAAAUGAAAAUAAAAUCUAAUUCCUAACUGCCCUUUGCAUAGCGACGCGUCUUCCUUUUUUUUGCUUAAUCGUUCCGAGCGAGUGUUACAAUGCAUCGUAACAAAACGCGCAGAACGUGCGGAAAAGAAGUGCACUGACGCAUGAAUUAGUUCUUCAGCGUUACAGUGUUAAAUUAUUCCCUUAUACUAACAAAAAUCAACGGGUUCAGCCUUUCCAAAUCUAACGCCACAGCUAUGGCCUGCAGUGUCGCUAACCACGCCGCUCACACUCACGCAACUCUCAUAGCUCCGCAGCGACCCUUGAGGCUGAAUGAGGAACUCACGCGCUGUUCAAUUUAAAGCAUGUAAAAAAAAAAACGAAACAACUCCUCAACGGCGUUUAUAUACAGCUUUGCCACGCCCUUGUGCUAUAAAGCGGAAAAGAGGGGCUCACCGAUUUGCCGACUUCCGAUUUAUUUCCGACGAGAAGAUGCCACAUACGACGUAUAUCGUAGAUGUAGCAUUCAUUUACCCCUAUCUCAAGACGCCGAGUGUUACGCCUUUAGGACAGUAAGCGAGAACAGGUUGACGUGUUGGAGCCUUGUAUCGUUUUCAGUUGGCGAAAGAGCUGAUAUAUGGUCAGUUUUUUUUUUUUACUUCUUUGUUAGCUCGUAACAUUCACCAUCCGAUAAAUUCGUGUGUCGAGGGCUUACGUUGUCUAGAAGGCGGGUCCCAUGUGUACGCAAAGACUUAGCCGAAUAAUAAAUUUUAUUUUGAUCUUAAUGAACUAACACAGCUGGCAAAACUAAGCGGUAGCUGCCUUUCCGGACAGACGCGUCAGUGUCAGUCUGAGAAGACUGCCGAGGUGCUAACACGAGCCACGUAAACUACGAGGCUAUAAUCUCGUCACUCUGGUCUAGCAUUCACUUACAACUCAAGUGACACUUUUCGGGAUAACUCGAGGCUUGUGCCAGUGACAAAUUAUUAGACAUGAUGUCACGAUGAAGCUGGUGUUCUCACACUCUCCCCUUUUUUCGAAAUUCCUUAGGUGUCGCCUCUUGCGCUUAAAACAAUCUAGUCAAAUAAUCGAAUAAGUCGUUGGUUUUGUGCGAAGCUAUUCGGGGGGGUGACGAAACUACACUUUAAAAAAGCCGCAAAAACUGUUUGCCUUCGAGAAUGAAGAAGAAAAAAAAAGCCGUGGCAGUGUCCCGGUUAAGUUCAUUGGUUGCCACAAUGUGACCGUGCACUCUCGUCGGCGUUGAAGUCAUCAUACUCAUCACCAGUUCAUUUCUUUUUCUUGGGACCAGACGUUGUCUUGACGUAUCUUUCUUUUGUUUCUUUCCAAUGAUUUCCGGUCGUCAGGUGUUCGCGCGGCAAAACCUAAUCCAUCGCGAGCUAGAUGGCGAACGAACGUUACCAGUAGGGCCAGACGAAUGGGCGCUCACAACACGUGCGAAAAAUACAUACUGAAGGAACAAGAAUUAUCAGCAAAUUCCGCAAUUCACUGCUAGUGGUAUUGAGGGUGUAUUCCCGGCCUCAGCAGCCAUAUUUAUACAAGGACGAAAUGCAAGAACACCCGCUUACGUUGAUUUAGGUGCACGUUAAAAAACCUCAGGUGGCAUGCCAUAGGCAUGGCAUUCCUCAUAAGAAUAAAACCAUGGCAUGCCUCAUAAGAUUAUCAUGGAUUUGGCACGUAAAACCCCAUAAAUAAAUACUAGCAUUGCGCGCGUCGUAUGGCUAGAGUCAGCGUCUGUGUAUCAAGGGACAUAGGGCUGUUCGCUAGAUAAGCCACGUUCGGUGACAGCUUGCAAAGGUUAUGCUAGCAGUAGACUGACCAUGUACUGACGGCUAAUUCUUCGCAUAAGCUUUAUGCAGAUUCCUACACGCAUGCUGCGUUCCUAAAGUUAGCGUACCAACAGCUCCUGCAUUGUAAUCCCACGUUCUGAUCUCCGCGUUAAGGGAUUUCAGUAACGUGCGUAUACGUACCACAUGGCGGCUGCAGUUUUGUUCAUGGCGCAAAAUUUGCAUUCGUGAGAUAAGCGCGUGAAAGUGACAUUGCAAUAUCGACACCCGCAUUACUCCUUCCCCAAUAUGCGAGAUAAACUUUGAGCUUCUCUUCCUGAUGCCGCUCGCUUAUACUGAAGCCAACCGGGUGCUUCCCUUGUCGUUUUCGGGUGUUCCAACAAUGAGAUUACUUAUAUCAGCGUUUGCUGCACGCUAUACCCACGUUAGCGCUUGCUAAAUUUCAUACGACCUACUUACUCCUCUUAAACCGCGCAUAAGCUCGUGACAUUACCUUGUAUUUCGCACCUUAAUGUCGCUUGUUUUCUUGUCAACGCAUAUUGGUGCUCUUCACAAGAGUCUCGCCAACCCACACCGAAAAGCCAAUAAAAAAAAAGCUGAAACAUGCGCGCUAUGCUUGCGCACAUAUUCACUUUCCAUUGGACCCUUAUAAACAGUGUACUCAUUGCUCUCUCUAAGCGCGUUUCAUUAGGUUCACUGUCGUUGAGACUGUGCGCUUAAAGAAUCAUAAUGUAAGCCCCUGUAUUUUCUUCCCACGGCGAUUCUCACAUAAGCGAUGGCUAAUUCUGUGCAGCUACUGGGCUCAUUACAUCUGCAUUGCACCACUAAAGCCAAGACUGUUUUCUCUAUUGAAUACAAUUUUGACAGUGCUUCUUUCGUCGAAUCUCUAAAUUUAACGGGCACCUCAGACAGUGCCAAACAGAGGUAAUGAUGACAUGCUUACAAAGAGCUGCAAGUAGUUAAAAUUGUCACGAAUAUUCGCUGUUGGGAAUGACUCUGAAACAUUCGGAUAAUUAGGAAUUAUUUCGUGUAUAGAAGUGCCAAAAAAAACAGAAACGACACAACUGAAACCUUGCAGCGUAAGUUUUCUUGUUCAGCCGCUAUUCAUGGAGUGUGAGCAACAGGCAGAAAAAAAAAUCAUAUCUGAUGUUAUACUGUCUACUGUUCUUUCGUUCCUUGUGGUGUUUGCUGUGCAACCUGAAAAAAAAAUGGAUUGUUCAAAAUGAUGUCGCCAUUAAUAGACACACAACUAGGUUUCAUGUCAUCGAAGGCAACCUCAAAAUGUCAUUUGAGUGGCGCUGAAUGGAGUGAAAUAAAAAUGGUAACGUCGUAUAUACGCAAA